CCUCUCCAACUUAAUUAAAUCUGGAAGUAAUUGUCAUUCCUCCUUAGGGCGUAAUUUAUAAGGAUAACAGACUUCGGCAAUAUAUCUUUUUCGUUCAGGUUUUGAACUUUUCUGUUCUGUUCAAUAAGGCAGAAUUUCAGGUAUUCUUACUGUCAUAUAAUUUUUUAAUCAUCUUUUCCCAUACAUACAUGUAUAUAAUAUUUAAUUAAUUAUUCUGGAUAUUAGCUACUACUUUUAGGAUAAUAUAUAUGAUUCAUUGCAUGUAUCUGUUCAUGAAUUAGAGGUAAUAUCUUUUAGCCAUACGGAUCUACCUUUGUUGCACAAGAACAAGAUUUGUAGAUUUUGAUUUUCUUUAUUAUUUUUCUUUUGAUUUUUUUUUUAAUUAUUUUUUUCAUUAAUUGACGGAGGAAAAUUUAAACUUGAUGUCUCUUCCGGUUUAUGUAAAACAAGUAACACAUCCAAUAGCUAGUUUGUUCAAGAAGAAUCAAUAUAUAUUGCACACUUGUAGAUUUUGCUGGUGCAUUGUUAUGCUCCGGAUAGUGAUAGUUCAUUCGGGAUUUCUAGUCUGCCUACAUUUAUUUAACUCUCUUGCUCAUCUCUCAUAGAUAUGAUUGAUUGCUUACAUGCUAGUCAGAAGCUACAACUAAUUCUCUAAAUCCCUAUGGAAUUAUUUCCUUCUCAGGUAACGUAUAUAUAGUCGCCAUGGAUUCGGUUAGAGGACAAGGAGGCAUCCAGAUGCUGCUAACAGCAGAACAGGAUGCUCAACACAUUGUGAACAACGCUAGAAACUCGAAGAUGGCACGCUUGAGACAAGCUAAAGAAGAAGCUGAUAGGGAAGUGCAACUCUAUCGCACGAAUAUGGAGGCUGAGCACCAAAAGAAAAUUUCAGAUUCAAGUGGGAGUUCUGGGUCCAAUGUGAAAAGGCUUGAAGAGGAAACUGAUACGAAAAUUAAGAACUUGAAGGAGUCAGCCUCAAAGGUCCAAUCGGAUAUUGUCGGCAUGCUUAUUAAGUAUGUCACAACUGUGAAAACUUGAAGCGU